CGGCACCUCCUUCCCCUUCCCCACCCCGUCCCAGGCCACAGCUCCGCGCUCGCACUAGCGCAAGCAAACCCCCCUCCUUGUCAAACCCCACUGGGCACGCGCGGACGCGUUCCGCCGUGCGCCCUGUGACCCUCCCUGGCUCUGCCCUGCCCUGCUCCCCCACACAAGGGCCAAGCCCUGCCGCCACCGCGCGCCGGAGCACGUCCCACUCCCACCCAUGGAGACGCCGCAGCGGCCGAGGCCGCGCCCACGGCCGCAGCUGGCUCGCAUCAACGCGAUGAGGCACUCGUCGUACCCCGGGGAGGACCGAGGGCCGCCCGACGAGACCGCGCCGGCCGACCUCGGCGCCGAGUUCGCGUCGCAGACCAGCUUCCGCAUCCGCGGCGGCCGCGGGGGUCGCGCGGAGGUCGACGACCUCUUCCGGAAGCUCGGCCUCAACGGCCCCGAGGACUUCACCAUCCCGCCGGCACUCUACGCCGCCGCCAUGGCGCACAUCCCGAGCUCCUCCCGCAGCCGCCGCCAGUCGCUGGAGGCUUCCCUGGGGCGGGCCGCCGAGGGUGCAGCGUCGCAGGAGCUUCCGGAAAUAUCUGGACUGGACGCCAUGGUCGCAGCGAGAUUGGAGGCAGCGGUGGAGGGUGAGCAAGCUGUGUUGGCCACUCAAGUAGUCCAACGAGAUGCUGUUGAAGUUUCUGCACGAUCCAACGAAGGUCCUGAAGCUGAACCGGGCAGCAGAGUGAUCGAAUCGGAGACAGCGCAAGUUUCCAGACGAGAGGUUGCUGCCGUGGUGAAAUUGGGGAAUGCAGACAUAGAGAAGGAGAAGGGCGAUCCGGUCAAGGUGGGUCAUUUGCAAGUGGAGAGAACAAAAGCGGUGGUUAUGAAAGCACCAACGGAGACUACAGGUGCUCUGGUUCAAGUUGUAGCAGAGUCAACUUCUCGUGACAACAUUGAGCAUUGGAUCUCGCCAUCGCCGCACAGGAGGAUUAAGAGAACCAUUACGGCUUGGAUCAAGGGAGAGCAUCUCGGGAGUGGAUCGUUUGGGUCAGUGUACGAGGCCAUCAGCGAUGAUGGUUUUUUCUUUGCUGUCAAGGAAGUGUCGUUAAUGGAUCAGGGAGUCGAUGCAAAACAACGCAUUCUGCAGCUUGAGCAUGAGAUAUCUCUCUUGAGUCGUUUGGAGCAUGAAAAUAUAGUACAGUAUUUUGGAACAGAUAAGGAAGGUGGGAAACUAUAUAUUUUUCUUGAACUUGUUACUCAAGGAUCGUUGGCAGCUUUAUAUCAAAAAUACCAUCUACAAGAUUCACAAGUCUCAGCAUACACAAGGCAGAUUUUGAAUGGUUUGCUCUAUCUACAUCAGCGGAAUGUUCUGCACAGAGAUAUCAAAUGUGCCAAUAUCCUAGUUGAUGCAAGUGGACUGGUCAAAUUGGCAGAUUUUGGACUUGCAAAGGAGAUGUCAAUUUUGAGUCAGGCAAGAUCUAGCAAGGGAACUGUCUUCUGGAUGGCCCCAGAGGUUGCUAAGGCUAAGCCACACGGACCUCCAGCAGACAUAUGGAGUCUUGGCUGCACGGUUUUGGAGAUGCUGACAGGCAAAGUUCCGUACCCUGAUAUGGAAUGGAUACACGCUUUGCUUAAUAUUGGUAGGGGAAUACCACCAGAAAUUCCUAAUACAUUAUCAGAAGAUGCGCGUGAUUUCAUAGAGAAGUGUGUCCAAGCAAAUCCAAAUGACCGCCCAUCUGCUGCUCAGCUAUUGGAGCACCCUUUUGUGCAGAGACCGCUGCAGCAUUAGCGCCUGAUGUUCUCCUUUGUUGCUAACAGAUUCGGUUGUACAUAAGCUGAUUUAAUUUACAUGUGGAAGUUGUUGCUGACCACGAGGAUGACCCCUUGGCCUGAAUUCCAAGAAUGGUCCCUCAAUCUGAAGGCAUCCCUUGCUCACUGUACCAUUUCCAUGCUUCAUAGUUUAUGGGAGGUCUAAAAUCGCUUUCAAUCUGGUAAGCAUACCCAGGCACUUAGAAGCAACUAUGUGGAUGUAACAUGGGCAUUCUAUAUUCGGUCGAAGAUGGCUGAUAUAAGUGAUCCUUUUCAAGCUUGACGAGUGUUUACACCACGCUCCUGUGGUUAUUCUAGUAUGAUUUGCAUGAAGAUAAACAAAGAAAAUAGCUCAAAAUGCGUGUUGGUGACAUCUUGCUACCACAGCUUAGUUGCACACCACCAGAGCGGCUCUUUCUAUGUAUGUCCCACUAUCUGGCAGAUGAGCAGAUCCAGUGUUUCCUAGUAUUUGACAUUUUGGCCAAACGGGAAAUCACACUCUAAUAUCAAAAGUGAAAGACGUGGAUGCUGGCAAUA